AUGUCAGAUCAAUUAGCUUACCUUCUAGAUCCCAUCCUACCACUCAAAAUCCAAGAGGAGCUUUACAAGCUCAGAAAAUGGGAGGCAUCAUCCACAUCAACAUUGGGGACAAUACACAAUGGCCUCUCUGGAAUGGAAGAGUUGUACAAAUGCUUGGAUGAUCUUCUUAGUUUGCAGUCCACCCAACAAGCCAUCUCCCACCAUCAACAUGAGAAAUGGGUCGAAGAAUUGUUGGAUGAAUCUGUAAGCCUUUUAGAUGUUUGUUGCAAUACAAGGGAUGUAAUAUCACAAUUUAAGGAAAAUGUUGGAGAUCUUCAAUCUGCUCUCAGGAGGAGAAAAGGAGAUUUGUGCAUUGAAAGCAGCAUCAACAAUUACAUUCGUUCAAGAAAGAAGAUGAACAAGGAUGCCAAAAAGUUGCUAGCAGCAAUGAAGAAGAUGGAUAACAAAGCUGGGGCCUCUCCACUCUUAGAUCAAAAUCACCAGCUCUCCACAGUGAUCAGAGUGCUCAGAGAUGUUAAUGCAAUGAGCAUAUCUAUCUUCCAGUCACUUGUGUUGUUCUUGUCCACACCAGUGUUAAAGUCAAAACCAAGUAGAUGGUCACUGGUUUCAAAAUUUAUGCAAAAGGGAGUGGUUUCUUGCGAAGAAAAGCAUGAGAAUGUGGAAGAGUUGGAGAAUAUAGAUAUUGCACUAAGCAAAAUUUCAAGCGACAGAGCGGACUUGGAGACAAUGCAAAUUGCUCAUAAAGGACUGGGGACAUUGGAGGUCAGCAUUGAAGGCCUUGACAAUGGUUUGGAGUGCAUGUUUAGGGACUUGAUCAAAACAAGAGCCUCUCUCCUCAACAUCAUCUCUCACUAA